AUCCUUGUGACAGGGGCAAACAGGUACGUACACCCUCUCCUGCCGGAGCUUCUGUAUGCUAUCUCGCCAGUAUGCUGACCUUCACAGCGGCCUCGGCCUCUCAAUUGCCAAACGUCUCUGCACCGACUUCCUCGCGACGUACCCUACGCACGAGACGCUCACGAUAAUCUUCACCACGCGCUCCUCUCGCAAAAGCACCACCACGCUCUCCCUGCUGAUCGACCACCUCGCCGCGCUCGACCGGUCCGGACACUCCGCCACGCUCCGCAUCCGCUUCUCGACCGCGCAAGUCGACCUGACCUCGCUCCCCUCCGUCGCCGCCCUCUCCAAACACCUCAUCCACAGCUUCCCGCACCUCGAUGCCGCCAUCUUCAACGCGGGCAUGGGCGCCUUCACCGGCAUAGACUGGCUCGGCUGCUUCAUCUCGCUCGCCAAAAACUGGGUCGAGGCGGUGACGCACCCGGUGUUCAAGAUCCAAGCGGUGGGGCGCACCGUUCCCCAGCCCGCGGUGGGCGGCGGCGACAUUGGCGAGGUCUUCUGCGCCAACGUCUUCGGGCACUACUACCUGGCGCACGAGUUGAUGCCACUGCUGCGCCAAGGCCGCGGCCGCAUAAUCUGGGUGUCGAGCCUGGAGGCGUACGCGCGGGUCUUUGACAAAGACGACCUCGAGGGCCGCAAGGCGACACAUUCGUACGAGGCGUCGAAGCGGCUCACGGACGUGAUCGCGCUGACCAGCUCGCUGCCGGCCACGAAGGCGUGGGCCGACUCCUAUUUCUCUGCGAGCGAGCAGGAGCAGGAGAAGGAGAAGGGUGAGAGGAGGCCGAAAAUGUUCCUCUCCCACCCUGGCAUCUGUGCUACCGCUAUGGUCGACCUCCACGUAGUCCUGUUCUACUGCAUGACACUGGCGUUCUAUAUCGCGCGCUGGAUCGGGAGCCCGUGGCAUACGAUCUCUACAGACACUGGGGCGAAUGCGCCGGUGCACCUGGCGCUGGCGCGCGAUGAGGAGCUGGUGGAGACGGAGGCGCAGCGGAAGAAGUGGGGGAGUGGCAGUGAUCGCGCGGGGAAGGGCGUGCUUCGGGUUACGGAUGUGGAGGGUGAGAGUGGUGAGGAGUGGGAGGAGCUGGGGAGGGACGUGUGGAGGCAGAUGGAAGAGCUGAGGGUUGUCUGGAAGGCUAGGUUGGAGGAGGCGAAAUAAUCAGUUGAUGUGUGGGUGCGUGGGUGGACUUUCCUUCGUGGUUCUAAUUGAGUUAACUAGAAUACGGUACUGGCUGCGAGUGAUUGAUCGAUAGGAUAAUAUUACAUAGACACAUUAAUGAAUACAGGCAUUGAUAAAACCAGUA